CUCUAACUGACAUAUGUGAUUCAAAGUGUAUCUAUAAAAUAGUCUGUAUGGCAUCUAGAGAAUUAUCGACUGUUGAGAUUGUGAAUAUUGAACAAUCAAAUGAGAGGAAUCGUGAGCCACGUUGGGAACCAGAUGAGGAAGGUAUUGGUGCAGGAGGUGUCAUACUGUUCAUUCUCAUAACUAUCCUAUUCAUUUGUACAUUUCCAAUAACAAUAUUUUUUGCAAUUCGUACAGUCAAAACAUACGAACGAGCUAUUAUUUUACGUUUUGGUCGUUUGAAACGAUCUGGUGGAAAAUAUGUUUUAGGUGCUGGAUUACAGUUUGUCAUGCCAUGCGCAGAUCAAAUGAUUCGCAUAGAUUUGCGUACGAAGACUGUGAACAUACCACCACAAGAGAUAUUGACAAGUGAUGCAGUUACUGUCGGUGUAGAUGCUGUUGUAUUCAUGCGUGUGAUUGAACCAGCUGCCGCUUUAUUAAGAGUUGAAAAUGCAGCCAAAUCAGCUGAACUACUGGCAGUUACUGCGUUGCGUUCAGUACUGGGAACAUAUGAAUUAUCUCAAUUAUUGACAAAUCGUGACCAGAUUGAUUCCAAGCUGGCCAUUUUACUGGACCAGGCUACAGGUGAAUGGGGAAUUAAGGUGGAACGAGUUGAAAUUAAAGACGUUUCAUUGCCUCAAGAAAUGCAACGAGCCAUGGCGGCAGAAGCACAAGCUGUUAGAGCUUCUAAAGCUAAAGUGAUAGCAGCACAAGGUGAAUUAGAAGCAUCGUCGACAUUAAGAAAAGCUGCUGAAGAAAUGGCUAGAUCACCAACUGCCUUACAAUUACGUUAUUUACAAACAUUGGCCACGAUCGCAACAGAACAAAAUUCAACAAUUGUAUUUCCGUUACCCAUAGAACUACUUCAAAGUUUCUUAUCAAAGAAACAAUCGUAAUUGAUGCUCUAUUAUUUUUCGACUGUGUGCAUCUAUGACCGUAUGUAGAUCUCCCAAUCCAUAUCUAUUGUACCUACUUUCAAGACAAUAAUCAAGCGAACAAAUUAACACUGAUAUCUUGCUGUGAAGACUGAAUGUUUUUAAAUAAUUAAUCACUGAGAAAAAUUUGUGAGCAAAUAUUAUUACUGUAUUUUCUUCAAAAUC